GCAAUAUCGCGGGCAGGGAUCCUCUGGCCCCGGAUCCCUGCCUGGCUAGCAAAAUGGUUACCAUGCAGCUGUCACUUUUGUGGCCACUGCUCCUCCUCCUCCUCCUCCUCCUCCUCCUCCUCUUCGUCUUAUUCUCCGGCCGAGGGAAAGCCAACAAGCUCCUCCUCCCCAACUCGCCUCCGGGUUUCCCUUUGAUUGGCAACCUCCAUCAGCUCGGCAGCCUACCGCACCGCUCCCUUGCCUCGCUCGCCCUCCGCCAUGGCCCUGUUAUGCUCCUCCACCUCGGCCAACUCCCCGCCGUCUUCGUCUCCUCUGCCUCUGCUGCUUCCGAGGUCUUGAAGACCCACGACCUCGUUUUCGCCAGCCGCCCCAACUCCACCAUCGCCGACCGCCUCUUCUACCGCUCCCAGGACGUGGCCUUCGCCAAGUACGGCGACUUCUGGCGGCACGUCCGCCGCGUGUGCGUCCUCCACCUCCUCAGCCUCCGGCGCGUCCGCUCGUUCCGGGCCAUCAGGGAAGAGGAGGUCGCCCUCCUCGUCUCCGGCGUCCGCGCCACCGCCGGAGGACCGGCUCCCGUCAGCGAGAUGAUCACCGAGUUCACCAACAACGUGCUGUGCCGGGUCGCCUUCGGCCGGAAGCAGUUCCUGGAAUUAGGCGGCGGGGAGAAUGUGCGCAAGAUGUUUGCGGACUUGACGACGCUGUUGGGGGAGUUUCCGGUCCGAGAUUUUGCGCCGUCGCUGGGUUGGAUCGACUACCUCGGCGGGUUGGAUUCGAGGGUAAACAAGACCGCGCUCGAAUUCGACGGCUUCAUCGAAAAAGUGCUCCUGGAGCACGAGACUAGAAGACGGAAGAGCAACGGCGACGGCGGAGACGCGACGGUGGCGGAUUUCUUGGACAUUUUACUAUCGUCGGAGGCCGCAGAGGGCACUACGCUGAGCAGAGACACCGUCAAGGGCAUAAUCUUGGACGUGUUGACCGGUGGAACUGACACCACGUACACUACGAUAGAAUGGGCAAUGGCGGAACUCAUCAAACAUCCUCAGAAGAUGAGAAUCGCACAAGAAGAAAUUCGCAGAGUCGUCGGAUCCAAAGAAGCCAUCGCAGAAGAGACAGUCGAAGCGAUGGAAUACUUGACGGCAGUGAUCAAGGAGGCUCUCCGAAUGCACCCUCCUCUCCCCUUGCUGGUUCCCCACGAGGCGAUGGACGACGCCGAGAUCCACGGCUUCCUCGUUCCCAAAGGCACCAGAGUCGUGAUCAACGCCUGGGCCAUCGGGAGGGAUCCCGAUUCAUGGGAGCAGCCGGAGGAGUUCAUCCCUGAAAGGUUCCUGAGGAACGAUAGCACGGCGGUCGAUUUCAUGGGACAGCACUUCCAGUUGCUACCAUUCGGAGCAGGCCGCAGAAGCUGCCCCGGAAUCACCUUCGCCGUCGCCACUGCCAGACUUGCUCUGGCGAACUUGCUGUGCCAUUUCGACUGGGAGUUGCCGAACGGGAAGAGAGGGGAGGAGCUGGACAUGGACGAAGAGUAUGGGGUCGCGGUGCACAAGAAGUCGAGUUUGAUUCUUGUAGCGAAGCCUCGAGAGAUGCGGCGGCAGCAGCUGUAAGGAGCUGCUGGUGAACUCUAAACAUGAUUAUGCUAUAGUUUAUGAUAAAUAAGGGCCUUGUAAACUAAUAAAUUUACAAGAGCUUUCACAUUGGUCAGUCUUACAACAAGUUACCUUGAUGUUAAAACCAAUGUGAAUAAAUUAUUUUAUGUAAUAAAUAUAUUUAAAAAUAAUAUUAU